AUGGCCUUCAAAGUUGUAAAAAUCAUGACGCUGCACCCCACGGUUUACGUUCUAGGGGGCGCCAAAGAUGACCCAAAAAUCCACAUUCUUAAAGGAAUCCACAUCCCCCCCCCACCCAAGGCAGGAGAAAAAGUCAAGUUAACCCUGCCCAUCGCUCAAUGGCUCAAUCGCAUCGCUCUCCAGGCAACACCGUAA